UGACGGAACGGAUUACGGAAUUUUUAUUCGGAUUUUGGACGUCAAGCCGAAUGCGAAACGCAUGUUCAUAUUUUAAUUUGAAGAAAUAGAAUAGGAAGAAAUUGAUAAAUUUGAUACCUCAAGAUUAUUAUUUUGCGUGGUAAUAAAUACUUUUAUACGCAGACUAUAACAUGUCUCGCUAUCGGGAAUGGGACCUAUCAUGCAAAGUUUACGUCGGAAACCUGGGAACAAAUGCAUCCAAAUACGAAAUCGAGAAGGUGUUCGCAAAAUAUGGUAGCAUAAGGAACGUGUGGGUGGCUAGAAACCCACCGGGCUUCGCCUUCGUCGAAUUUGAAGAUCCUCGCGAUGCGGAGGACGCAGUUAGAGGAUUAGAUGGAACCCGUUGCUGUGGUACCAGAAUCAGGGUGGAAAUGUCAAAUGGCAGAACAAGGAGAGAUCGCAGGUCCAUUUUAUCAACAAACCACCAACACACCAACGAUCUCACCACAUCUCUUCACCACAACUACGGCUUCUUUCUCAAUUUGACAUCCGCGAACGCCGCUCGCCACUACACCCCGCUCGACUUCUGCGAUCGGCUCUCCAAAUUUCUACGCGCAGCUGACGUCUACACCAACUGCGUCCGACUCCUCCUAACCUCCGUCACCUAGUCCCCCAUCCAAAGCUAAACCCGGACCCGGUUAAAUAAGUGAGCCAACUAGCAUAGGAACUUAAGAAAAUCCUGAACACCAUAGCAAAUUCCUGAUGCAACUCCGACUGCACACACUCGUCGUCACCGAGGCACCGAAAUAGAAAUUCGACUUAAGGAUCUCGACUACUAGCGUGUUUGCAAUUUUCCUCCAACUCCCGGUUAAUGUCACCAUUGGAAGAUCACGUUGAAACUCGCUCCGCCUCAGUAACCAAACUCCCUUCGGCCUCACAGCAGCCCUCAACCGACGGCCUACAGGCUCACCAAGUCUCGGUACUUUUUGAAUCCUAUACUUAGCACUGCCUUACCUUGAUUAAUUUUUAUGUAUUUAGCACUAGAGUAAUGGCGCUGAUUUCGGUACCUAAGAAGUAGAAACAAAUACAAUCUGAACUAGUAAAAGUUAAAAUAAAGAAUAGUUAGUAAUGCGCCCUAUACGAGUAUAAUUAUUGUUGUGAGCGCUGCGGCAUAAUACGAAUAACUUGUAUUCCAUAAGAAAAGUCGAAGCGAAAGGAAGAGUCCACAAGUUCAAAGCGACUGCGUAAUAAUACUAA